UACCGAAAACACGGAAGGAAAACUUAUGACUAAGCUAAGGUUCCAAUUGCAAGAUGGCGGCGCUACAGUUGUCUGGCAAGUCGUCGCCGCGGUCCAAACCUCCUAACAUAGGAAGUACGAGUCGAACAGUGCUAGGGUCAUCAUCACCAAACGGGAAGAGUGCAAAAGAGAUUAAGCAACUAAAGAAGCGUGUCCGUCCGUUGGACCUGGAGACUGAGACGAUGGAAGCUGGGCAUGAGAACUCAGCGGAGAUGGACACGGUUGGAGAAAAAACUAGGACAAAAACAAAGCCUAAUGAGGGAAACUCUCAUGGUGCAUGGCAACGGGGGAGCACCAAGACUCUUUAGUGACGUGACUUGGGAAGGAGGCUGGUAUGUUGCAUUGUUGCUUAUUCGGGCUCUGUGGACAUAGUUCAACAAGAGAGGGAAGAUGAUGAUGUUCUUGAUAAAGAAAUUUACGAUCCCAAGUGCCCUCCGGUGUUAUCCACAGCGGCGCCAAAAAAAUAAAUGGCGUAGGGAAAGACGGUCGUCCCUGAUUGUUAAGGGAACUGAUUGGGGGAAAAGGUGCAUUACCUACCACUUGUGGGAAAAUCACGGUGGUCUACAGAUUUCCAAUCUUAAGAAUGGUUGUUUUCUGGUUAAGUUUCGCAGUAAAAAAGACUACGAACA